AAUUAGAUGAGUUUAUCUGCUUAAUAAUAAACAGGGCAAUAGUUGCCUAACUUAAUUUAAUAACUCUAAAUGAUAGAAAUUCAAAAUAAUUAAAGUAGCAGCAUUAGAUAGAGUAGCGAAGAUAUCUAAGAUAAUAUCUCUAGUCACUCUUCAUUGGAUAAUAACAUAGAUUCUUUUGAAAACAGAAGAAGAAUUUCUUAUCAAGAUCACCAUUAGCACUCUAAUAACAAUUAAAGAAAUAAUAGAGGAAGCUCCAGGCAUUUACAAAAUGACGAAAAUGAGUACUAAUAGCAUACAAAUGCUCAGAUAAAUUAAGUUUUAGGCAAUAUGAAUGAGAGUGAUUUAAUAAAUUUACCAUAAAUUGAGGGUAGAAGAUCAAGAAGAGCUACAAGAAAUGAUUCAACAUAAACUGAAAUUAAAUAAAGUUCAGUAAAAAGCAUCUGCAAAUACAUAAUUAACACUAUUUUCAAUUAUUCACUAUGGAUUUACUUGGCAUGCAACAUAAUUGUCAUAGUAAACUAAUUUAUUAACAAAUCAGAUAGAAAUUUUACUCUAAUAUUCUGGACUUUGACAAGCAUUUUAUUUAUUAUAAUCCGCUUGAUUUAAACAUGCGUUGUUUAUUAGCGUGAAUAAGAUGACUUUACUAAUUUAGUGAGAAAUUCAAGUACUUAGAGGUCUAGGGUAACCAGACGCAGUAGAUUAACAAGAUUAUAUCCAAGAAGAGAGCUUAGUGGUGGCUAAAUACCUGUUCCAGUAGCCUAAAUUAUUUAAUAAAUUUAUUACAAUAGUAGAGAUUUAGAAAGUCAAAGCGAUGAUAGAAGUUUAGAAAUUUCUGAAAUAGCUCAUAAUCUAGCUGAACAAACAUUUUUACAUAAUGACUAAAAUGUGGUCGAAUCUUCAAUAUAGUAGAUUUGGAUAGACUCUUUUAGGUAAUAAAUGGCAUAAUAAGGAGUUAAUUCAAAUGUUAUGAUAUUGUAAUAGAGAAUACAAGAUUAAAAAGCAAAUGGUCUUUCAAGAAGUGAAAUUAAAAAAUUCGAAAAGAUUUCUUAUACACAAGAAUAACUAGAUUCUCUUUAAGAAUAGGACAUCAUCUGUUCUAUUUGCUUAGAGAAGUAUGAAUCAGAUAAAAAGUUAAUCAAACUACCUUGUUCCCAUACAUAUCAUAACUAUUGCAUUACUAAGUGGUUAUUAUAGGACUAAAAGUGUCCAUUGUGCAGACUCAACCUUAAGUGCUAGCAAUGA